GUCCGCACCGGGCUAGAGAGAAGGAUCCCUCCUGGGGCACCGCGGGGGGCGCUGAGGGCGGUCGGCCGGCCGGGCCCCGCCCGUGCGUACGUGCGCGCAGCGACCCCGGCGCAUCCAGGGCAAGGGGCACUCUUGUUCGCGCUCAAGUCCGACCCGCGCCCCCGCUCGGGCCCCCGUGCCCCGCCAGCUUUUCAGGGUCCGCUUGGUGAGCCUCGGCGCCUCCAGACUCGCGGUCAGUGGCGAGGACCCGGGGGCGCCGAAGGGGUUAACGCACCUGGGCCGCCGCCCCUGCGGCCCCUCCUCCCGCCGCCGGGAAGAGGAAAGUCUCGGCGGGGGCGCGGCCGGGUCUCCACCCCCGCCAGCCCGCCAGCCCGCCUGCCUGGCUGCCCGGCCGCGCCGUCCCAGCAGCGGCGCCCAGAGCUGCGACCCGCGCGCCCCUCUCCGCCGCCCGGCCGGGCCGCCAUGUCUCUGUGGAAGAGAACCCUGUACAGGAGUGUGUGCCUGGCACUGGCGCUGCUGGUGGCCGUGACAGUGUUCCAACGCAGCCUGGCACCCAGCGAGUUUCUCCAGGAGCACCCCCUGCCCUCCCCAGUGCCACCGAAGGUCCAGAAACUGAGCGGAAACCUGGUGAACCCAAACAGCUUCUGGAAGAGCCCAGAAGAUGCAACCGCCCCUACACCAGCGGCCUUUCGGGGACCCCAGACUUGGGACGUGACCACUAACAACUGCUCUGCCAACACCAACCUGACGCACCAGUCCUGGUUCCAGGGCCUGGAGCCGCACUUCCAGCAGUUCCUGACCUACUCACACUGUCGCUACUUCCCCAUCCUGCUGAACCACCCGGAGAAGUGCCAGGGUGACGUGUACCUGCUGGUGGUGGUCAAGUCCAUCAUCACGCAGCAUGACCGUCGCGAGGCCAUCCGCCAGACCUGGGGCCUGGAACGGGAGUCAGUGGGUGGGGGCCGGGGCGCCAUGCGCACCCUCUUUCUGCUGGGCACGGCGUCCAAACAGGAGGAACGCGCCCACUACCAGCAGCUGCUGGCCUACGAGGACCGCCUGUACGGUGACAUUCUGCAGUGGGACUUCCUUGACAGCUUCUUCAACUUGACCCUUAAGGAGAUCCACUUCCUCAAGUGGCUGGACAUCUACUGCCCCCACGUGCCCUUCAUCUUCAAGGGCGACGACGAUGUCUUUGUCAACCCCACCAACCUGCUGGAGUUCCUGGCUGACCGGCGGCCGCAGGAGAACCUGUUUGUGGGGGACGUCCUGCAACACGCCCGGCCCAUUCGCAGGAAGGACAACAAGUACUACAUCCCCUUGGUGCUGUACCCCAAGCCCAGCUACCCGCCCUACGCCGGCGGAGGGGGCUUCCUCAUGGCCGGCAGCCUGGCCCGGCGCCUGCACCGCGCCUGCGACACCCUGGACCUCUACCCCAUUGACGAUGUCUUCCUGGGCAUGUGCCUGGAGGUGCUGGGCGUGCAGCCUGUGGCCCACGAGGGCUUCAAGACCUUCGGCAUCUCCCGGAACCGCAACAGUCGCAUGAACAGGGAGCCGUGUUUCUUCCGCUCCAUGCUGGUAGUGCACAAGCUGCUGCCUGCUGAGCUGCUGGCCAUGUGGGGGCUGGUGCACGGCAACCUCACCUGCUCCCGCAAGCUGCAGGUGCUCUGAGCCAUGCCGCCCCUGGCCUGCUGCCACCACCACCAAGCCUCCAGGACUACCGUUCAGUGCCCGGGCGCAGCCUUCAGUCCCUUGCCGGGAAGUGGUGAAAGUCCUACUGCUAGGUGUGGUGGUGGUGGUGGGGAGAGGGGGUGCAGGUAGCUGCAGUGGGAAGGAGGGGACCCCCUGUGUUUGUCUUUUCCAGGAACGGCUGGAGCCGUUGGAACUGGAAGUCUCUUGGAGGGGCUGGGUGGAGGGUGCCUCUGAUCUGGUGGGGACCUGGUAGGUGGCCCUGGAGGCCUCUGAAGGAAGCCCCAUGCUCAGGGAGCUGGGUGUGGCCAGGCCCCACCCUGGUGGGUCUUCAUGGGGAGCAGUCUCUGCAGUGCCUCAGUCUCCCCCCGCCCCAGGGCCCCACACGGCCCCUGCUGGAGAAUAUCCACCCUGUGCAGGCUCACAGGGCCCCGCCCCCUGCAGCCCACA